AUGUCCAUGUACUUGCAACCGCACCAUGGGUCUGAUGUUUCCCUAACCUCGUCCGCGGCACAUUCCACAUACUCAGUCACGUCAACCAGUCCCCAGUCCAAAAAUCGGAAGAAACACAAGUGGAAAAGUGUAAGGUCCCGUGCAGUAGAGAUCGGUGCGAUCGAAAUUGGGAAUAUUGUAGAAUCAAGGUCCGAAGGAUUGACCAAUAGUAACAAAAGACUUAAUCUACAAUUUACUAACGUCGAUGAGCGCGACGAAAUUCCGCACAAGCACAUAGUCGUUGCGAUCGACUCAGUGCGAGGGACGCUCAAAACUGUCAUGAUAAGUAGUUUUGGAAGUCUGGAAACACACGAUGACUUCAGGGUGAAACAUGGAAUUGAUAAUGCUGAAAGGUUCAUUAAAUGGGUGUGCCCACUAGUGGAUGAAGAAAGGCCGGGACCAACGUUUUACACUCCCAACUUUAAGAUCGAAUAUCGCAAGGACUCUGAAGUUCUGCCCUUUGCACAUUGGGCAUACCUAGCAAGAUUCUUCACGGUAAGUGAAUACGCUGGUGACUUCGUGCCUGCACGACAAAGAGUUUUUAACCGGUUUACUCGUUUGUCAAAUAUAAGAAUAGCUGAGGAGUCUGUAAGGGCCCUCGUGAGGCUCGUGGAACAGAGAGAAAAGGAGAUUCGACAUGAAGAGCUGAACGGCAAGCCGGGAGACCUAAAUGAAUUAUAUCCGAGUCUUCCUGCGACUGAGAGCGGAAGUGCGACUCCAGAAGCUGCUUCAUCUUUGCUUAGGAGAUCCACUAGUAUGGGAUCACAAGCAUGGUCAGAAGUCGCAGGACCACCAAGCACGCACAAACGGAGCACUGAUCGUCGCCUGUCAGGCAUUUCACAGGCAUGGAUACCUGGACCCAUCUCUCCUGGACAUACAUUCACAUCAACCGUGCUUGGUUCAGGAACAUCCGCUGGUAAAAUAGUCGAGGAGCCCGGGGAAAUAAUCGCCGAGCAGGACACAGGAUUAGCACACCAGCCGUCCUCCAGAGGAUCUCACAGAGGUGGUCGUGCCAGUUAUGCCCACAUGGCUCGAACCGGAAGUCAUACUCCAAUUACGCCUACAGAAUCGAGAAGAAGCGAUCAUGCUUCUACAAGAGGCCACAGGGAUUCGCAAGGUAAGAAUACGAGAGACCAGACCCAAACAGACGAUGGCAACACAAGAGGCUUCGAGAACAGUACAAGAGCACGAGGAGGCAAGCGGAAGAGCAAGAGAAAAACCUGGGUGUCGUACGAGGAGUGGAAGAAAUAA